AUGUCGAGACGCGAUGUUGGGCGGCGCAGAGCGUGUUUGGAGUGCGCUAGGGCACGCGAGAAAUGUUCGCGAAACCUCCCGUGCCUGCGCUGCUCAACCAAGGCAUUGGACUGCGCUUAUCCCCAGACCAGACAUAAAACAGUCGAAGCAUCCCCAGCUUCACAAACUGGUGCCAUCGCGCAAACUCCGGACCAAACGCUCAUCAGCCCAGUCGAGACAGUAGAUCACGCGUCGCAGCCUCAGAACGUACAAUCAGAUUUGCAGCUCGCGUUACCUUCACAUCAAACACCGCAUUCGCAAGACAGUCCUUUCAUCGACAGCGCUGGUAACGAACAGCAACCCGGCUUUGAAUAUGAUUUGUCCACCUAUGACAUCGACUGGGACUUCCCCAUCAAUUGGUUACCGUACGACAAUGAGGUUGAGACGAACUACUACUCGAUUCUCGGCCUUGACAUGAAUCAGUCGCUUGAUGCCGGCAAUGCAACCAUGAUAGAUCAGCCAGUUCCCAAUUUUCCCAUGAUCGACGCUCCACCACGCCGUUUAUCAGCCGUAACAUCACUGUCUCCCGGCAGCGGCCUAGGUGUUUCUCCCCAGUUGAGUAUGAGCUCAGGACGCACCAUACCCGGGGAUCUAUACGCCACGAGCUCGAACGGUGCUCGACGUCCUUGUACUGCCAAGUCAAAGCAGCUGUUCCCUCCGCCAGGCCUUCAAGGAUACACGCAGCUACCCACCAUAUCCCAAGACCCGGGCCUUGGAGCCAACACGCUUGCGUUCCCUGAUUUGAGCCAUAUUAUCCUGGAAGACGAAGCGUACAGAGAGUCGUUCAUGACGGAGUUAACGUACAGCAAGAUCUGCGACGCUUUUAGACAGACGUGUCUCGAAUCAUUCAUGUUUCAGCCGCACUACACCUCUGCCGACUUUCCGUCAUUGAAGCUACUCGAAUACUUCGUCAAGCUCUUUUUUGAGCACUUUGACCCGAUCGUUCCUCUUGUCCACCCUCAUACAACGGAUUUAAACGGAAGUUGGGUUCUUGCUCUGGCGAUCUGUGCCAUUGGAAGCCAGUAUACAGCUACAGCAGAUAUCCACGCGUGCGUUGUGCCAUUCCACGAGUUCCUCAGAAGGACUUUGGUUACUCAACUCGAAGGAUCGGAGCUUAACCUGCCGCUGGCUCAGGCUCUUGUGCUGAGUCAGGUUGGCCUGCUAUACUCUAAUGGUGGUGAACUUCAAAAGGCUGCUUACGAGCGGAUAGGAAGUCUGCAGAGGGUCAUCACGUUCUAUCGAUGUCAAGCUGGACGGAGAGCGGAUUUGUCGGGUCAUGGUGAGGGAGAUGAAGAUAGAUGGCAAGGCUGGGUUGAGGAUGAGACUUGGCGUCGACUGUGCUAUUUCAUCUGGCUGUUAGAUCGCAUGGGACGCUACUUUUUUGAUGACCACCAGACAGGUACCUUCAACAUCACGGACUUGACGUUGCCUCACGAUGGCCUCUGGUCACAAGCAACCUCAUCAGAGUGGAUACAACUCCAUCGCCGUGUCGACACAAACCCAACACUCGAAGUCGCCAUCAGCUCACUCUUCCGCGAACGAACCGCCAAACCCGACCUCGGAGAAUUCUCCCGCAUCCUCCUCCUGCACGCAGUAUACCAAGAAUACACCACCGUCAGCACCUACUGCAAGCGAUCUCUCUCAUCCUGGAUCCCCCAAAACAACCCUGAGCCUCGCGGCGAUGAAACUCAGCACCUUCAGCUCUCGGACUCGAACUGGCGAAACGCUGCUCUCGAUUGCGUUGAUACCCUUCACUGGGCUGCUAAUGCCACCAUCGCGUCGUUACUUGGCGCUGAGCAUCCUACUGUUCUGCAUCUGCACUUUUCGCGGGUUGUGUUGCUCGUUCCGAAGAGGGCGAUAAUUACGCUGGCGAAGUAUCUCAGGGCGCCGGAGGAGUUGAGGAAAGAGGCUGCGAGUCAGAAGGAGGCGCUGCAGGCGGAGCGGGAGAUAUCUGAAUGGGCUCAACAAGAUGGCUCCAAAGCCCGUCUUGCAGCGCUCCACUGCGGCUGUUUCCUCUGGCACGUCCGGCGCUACGCAAAAAUGACCUUCUACGAACCCCCGUGCGUAUUCUGGGCGACCCUGACACUCUGGGCCUACAGUGUGUUCUGCAGUAAAUCCCGUCGACCCGAACCACGCAGCGUAUCGCCUGAUCGCUCAGAUGACGAGAACCCCACGUUCAUAAGACUAGAUCGACCUAAUGACGAUGAGAUGGUGCAGCUUUUUGUGAGGACGGGUGUGUUGAAGGCGUAUAUUAGUGGUGUGGGGGAUAUUUACUCGGGGAAUGCGCCAAGGAGGAUAUUAAAGGAGGGGAGGAGGGUUUUGGAGGGUGUUGCGGGGGCUUGGGGGAGGAAUGGGGAGUAUUUGGAGUUGUUGCAGGCUUUGGCAUGA